AUGUCGGAAAUCAAGGGAAAGUCAAAGGUGCACAAGCUGUCAAUCAAAGGAUCGGCCAAGCUUGUCUCCGAAUUCUUUGAAUACUCCAUUAACUCCAUCCUCUUCCAACGAGGAGUCUAUCCUCCCGAGGAUUUCACAACGAUUAAGAAAUAUGGCCUUAAUAUGCUAGCAGUUUCGGCCGACGACCAGGUCAAAGCCUACAUCAAGAAGAUCAUGUCGCAGUUGAAGGAAUGGAUGCAGGGAGGAAAGAUUUCGAAGCUUGUGGUAGUUAUCACGAGCAAGGAGACCGGUGAACAUGUGGAGAGAUGGCAAUUCGAUGUCGAAGUCUUUGGCAAGCAAUCCAAGAGCAAGAGUUCACAAAAAGCCGAUGACAAAGAGAAUAGUACAUCAGGAGGUGCAAACCCCGCCAAACCUAUCGAGAAAACAGAAAAGCAAAUCCAGGAGGAGAUUCAAGCCAUCUUCCGCCAAAUUACCGCCUCUGUCACUUUCCUCCCUGUCCUUGAUGGCGACUGCACCUUCAAUGUACUUGUUUAUGCCGACGCCGAUUCAGACGUGCCCGUGGAAUGGGGCGACAGUGAUGCCAAGGAAAUCAAAAAUGCAGAGAAGGUCCAACUAAGGAGCUUCAGCACAAACAAUCACCGAGUUGGAACUCUGGUCAGCUACCGGCUGGCGGAUUAA